AUGAUUUAUGCUGCUGCCAACACGACCACUUCUGCCACCAUGAGCCGUGCUGCCACCGCGAGCCCUGCUGCUGCCCUCCUCCUUGUUGCCCCCGCGAGCCGUGCUGCCACCGCGAGCCCUGCUGCCGCCCUGCCCCAGCUUGUGGCUGCUGCCAGGGUCCGUCUUGUUACCACGUUAAGAGAACUGCUGUCUACAAGGACGGUUGCCUCCAGAACAUUUGGUGCGACUCAUGCUGCAACAGCAACGCCUGCUGAUAAUGGUGUUAAUGCUGCUCUUGGCCAGUUGUCACCCAAAUGUCCUUUAUAUUGUUAUGCUACAUUUUAUAAUUUAAUAGGCAAACACCCUAAUUUGAUCAUUACACAAAGUGCUGAAUUUUAG